GCCACACAGACUCAACCGAAGGUGUAUUAUUGAGGUGACCACUGAACGGUGAGCUUUAACAUUCACCAAGUGAGCCGUUGCUGCGAUGGGUUCGAUCAAGUGUUGUGUGGUCCUUUACGCUCUUCUUGGAAGCAGUAUGCUACUCGUUACAGCCGACCCGGACUGUGAGAAUCUGAAGGACAGGCGAGAAGAAAUGGACCAGUGCUGUGAGGUCGGAAAAAUCAUCCCCUUCGGUGAUGCGGAUGAAUGUGCUUCCGCCACAGAUGAAGCCUCCGAACCUCGCGAUAAGAUGGCGUGUACGGUCGAGUGUAAGCUCAAGUCACUGGGCGUGUUGAACGAUGAAGGAAUCGUGCUGGAAAAGGCGCUCGAAUACGCCGAUCGAGUGGAGGGCGAUUGGAAGGAUACGGCCAAAGCUAUCGUCAAUACGUGCAUCGAAAGGGCAACGACAGUGAAAAAUAAGAUGGCAGAACAUGGCCACACUAUGAAAUGUUCACCGAUCGGGGGAUUUUUCGCCAUGUGCCUCAUGAAAGAAUCGUUCUUCCAGUGUCCGGCCGACAAGUGGCAGAACACAUCCUUCUGCAACAAGAUUAAGAGCGGUGAAUGCUUCCCAAAACGUGAUUAGGAGUAGCUUGAGUGAGAAGAAAAAUCAAAUCGAGUUCAACGGAGCCAAAAAUGUGGAAUAAAAAAUUCAAAUAAAUUCA